AUGACAUUUCAUUGGUGCGAAAAAUCUGCAAACAAUGGAAGUAUAAUUGGAAAAUUUUAUCUAGGAUAUUGUUAUGAAUUCGGCAUUGGAAUAAUGAGUAAUGAAAAAAAAUCAGCUUAUUGGUAUAAUGAAGCAACUAAAAGUGGAAAUACAACUGCAAAACUUUAUCUUGCUAAUUGUUAUAGAUUAGGAAAAGGAGUUGAUAAAGAUGAGAUUAAAGCACCAUUUGAAUUAUAUAGAGAAGCAGCUAAAAAAGGACAUGAUUUAGCUAAAUGUGAUUUAGCUGAUUGUUAUCAAAAUGGAAAAGGGGUAGAAAAAGAUGAAAGAAAAGCAUUUGAAUUAUAUAAAGAAACAGUAGCAAAAGGAUAUGAUUGGGCAAAAUUUAAAUUAGCUGAGUGCUAUCAGAAUGGAAAAGGAGUAGAAAAAGAUGAAAAAAAAGCGGUUGUAUUAUAUGAAGAAGUAGCUAAUGAUGGAUAUAUUUGGGCAUGCAAUAAGCUGGGAGAUUGCUAUCAAAAUGGAAAAGGAGUAGAAAAAGAUGAAAGAAAAGCAUUUGAAUUAUAUAAUAAGGUAUCU